AUGGCUCUUUUAACACAAAAAUGUGUUCCAUCAAUUGGAAUGAUGAUGGUUAAGGAAAUUGAUCUGAUGAGUGCUCCAUGUGAUGUGCAUUAUGGUAUGAUGAUGAUGUGUCUAAAUAUAAGAUUUUCACUGCUUUAUUAUGCAACACGGAGGGAAAUUAUUAAAGAAUUCACAACUUUGGAACAAUCAUGCAAAAUUAGUAAUGCAGAUAUUAUUUAA